UUUGACAGCUAGUCUUUCUGCUACGGGCGCUGCUAGUAGCCAUAAAUCGCAUACCACUAGUGAUGCGUGCUGCCAACUACCUCGGCCACGUCUUGCUGGUAUUGUUAUAACAGUGUAAGACAAUGGGGCUGUCACAAAGCUCGUUUUUGCUGGACUCGGGGGCAAACAGCGGCUACCACGUCCAUGGGGUUCAACAGGAUUCUCCUGCGCUGAAGGCGGGUCUGGAGCCUUUCUUUGACUUCAUUCUCUCUAUUGGCAACACCAGACUAAAUAAAGAAAGUGAUUUACUGAAAGACCUACUAAAAGCCAAUGUGGAGAAAGCUGUCAAACUUGAAGUGUACAACUCCAAAACCCAGAGGGUGAGAGAGCUGGAGGUGACGCCCAGUAACAUGUGGGGAGGCCAGGGUCUGCUGGGCGCUAGUGUCCGCUUCUGCAGCUUCGAGGGGGCCAACGAGAACGUAUGGCAUGUCCUGGAUGUAGAAGAAAAUUCACCUGCUGCCUUGGCUGGCCUUAUUGCCUUUGAUGACUAUAUUGUGGGAGCUGACCAGGUGUUGCAGGAGUCUGAGGAUUUCUACUCUUUAAUUGAAGCCAAUGAAGGAAAACCUCUAAAACUGCUUGUGUAUAACAUACAAACUGAGCAAUGCAGAGAAGUGGUGGUGACUCCAAAUGGUGCAUGGGGAGGAGAGGGAAGCUUAGGUUGUGGCAUUGGCUACGGCUAUUUGCACCGGAUCCCAACUCACCCAAUUCAACCAAAGUCAGAAGAUGAACACAUAAUGCAGAAGAAUGUCACAGAGGAUGUAGAGCCUGUUUCUCACAACCAAUCAGAGGUGCCUUCUAAUAUCAGCGAAAUCGACCUGAGUCAGAUUAAAGAAGCUGUGCAAGACCUCAAUCUACCUCUUACAAUGGAUCAAAACACAACUUCUGACACGACCAACCUGCCUGAAGUGACAACCCCAGAUGUAUCAGAGAUGGCAUCCACCGGUCACAUGGGGAACAGCUCAAUGUUUGCAAAUUAUGGAGAUGCAGAUUCCUGUGAUCAGUUAAGCCUUGAAAACUUCUCAUCUGAUCCAAGACCUUCAUCUCCAGAGAAGGACGAGCAGCCAGACCUCCAGGGAACAGAGGAACCCUUAAAUGUGGGUGACAGCAUUGCACCGAGCACAGAAGGUCCGGAUGAGCUGGGUAUACCCACUCCCACUAAAGAGGCACUGUGUCUCCCUGAGGUGCAAUCUGAGCCAUCCACGCCAGAUCAAACUGAACAAGACUUGAACACUGUAGAUUCAGACAAUUAACAAAACUACUAUAAAUAAUAUAGCACACUAAAUAAGCUUUUAAUUGGUAUCUUUUUCUUUUACACGUUUUUAUUAUAUGCAAGUGUCACUGCUUCAUGCUAGGACCUCUAUAAAGCCAUUAUGUCAAGGGAUGUUACGUAUCAUGCAAGAUUAAUGUCGUUUUAAAAUGUUCUUACCUGUGAUUUUAGUUUGAAUCUAAGUUUGCACUAAAAAGCCUAAAAUAUAUGCUGCUAGCUUGAGGCUCAUGAAGAAUGUCGAGAAGGUUAAAACACUGACGUAUUUUUAAAAGUUAUGUUCAUAUUUGUAUUAUGAUGCAAAAUUUAUGGCAGGAGGGAUUUAUUGUUUAAAAAUACGGUGCACCAUGUUAAAAGCGUAAUGGUUGAAAGUUCAUGUUAAUAAUUUAAGUUUGUUUGUUUGUUGAUUUGUAAUGCUGAUUUUCAUUUAUUUGUUUUAAAGUUGUUUAGUCAAACUAAAUAAUACUUCUCAGGAUAGUAGAAUAAAUAAUUUGCUUUCUCUUCCUCAAA